AUGCGUCUUCUUAACCUAGUUCCCUUCGCAAGUAGCGCCCUGGCACUUAUUGUACUUCCUACAAAUACACCAGCUCUUGUUCCCCGCGACACUACAAUAUCCCCUUCGCCAACUGCUGCGCCUACAGGUAUAUAUUUCAGUACGACGAUCUACGAUAUCAUCACCGGAGUUACGGAUGAUCAAGUUAAGAUUCCCCAGAGGACCAUAACAAUAGUCAUACCAACAUGCAGCCAUACCAUUACUCCAGAUAAGAAUGGCUAUGUGCCACCUGGAACUUGCGGUGCUUUAUAUGAAUAUUACCCCAGCUUUGGUGCAGCAAUUUUCUUUUCGAUCCUCUUUGGUGUAUUGAGUAUUAGCCAUAUUUUUCUAGCUGCAAAAUUCAAGACAAGAUUCGCCUGGGUGGUGAUUAUGGGAGCUUUAUGGGAGACCAUCUCCUUUACCUUCCGCUCAAUAUCAACACGCUAUCAGCAGAGUGCAGGCAUAGAGCUGGUCUCUGAUCUGUUCGUCCUCCUCGCACCGCUUUGGGUAAACGCAUUCGCAUACAUGGUUCUUGGCCGCCUCCUCUACUUCUUCCACCCCGCUCGCACUAUUUUGUCUAUCCCCGCAUCAGCACUAGCCUUUGCCUUCGUUACUCUGGACUUCAUUUCCUUCGUUAUACAGUUGGUAGGUGGCAGUUGGGCCGGUCCCAAUGAUCCGACAGACAAAGUCAUGCAGGGUGUACAUAUAUAUAUGGGUGGUAUCGGGCUUCAGCAGUUCUUCAUCUUUGUUUUUCUCGGAAUGGCUAUCAAGUUUCAUCUUGAAAUGAAGGCGUUUGAACGACAAGGGUCAUUAGGUGCUGGGAAGACGGGGUGGAUGAAAUUGCUGUGGGCUACUUAUGCCAGUUUGGGAUUCAUUACCAUCCGUAUCUUCUUUCGUUUGAUACAGUUCUCUGCCGGCACGAAUGCCUCGACAAACGGUCUCGUCUCACACGAAUCGUAUUUCUAUAUCCUUGAAGCUAUGCCAAUGGUGUUCGCGAUUUCGUGUUCCCUGGUGAUACACCCAGGGACUGUAUUCCCAAGGGGUGAGAAGAUGCCUGGGUUGUGGGGCUUAAUUCGAGGGUGGCUGUGUUGUGUCAAGGGAAGAAGAGGAGUCAAAGGGUUAGAAGAUGGAGUUCAGUUGGUGGGAAAGUAUGAGUCACUUGACAAUGAAGGGCGGCCGCCUACCUAUGUUUUGACACCCCCGCGGAAGAAUUGA